CCUCUUUGUCCAGUUCGACUAUAACCAAAAAAGACACUUAUUCCCACUCAUGUAAAUGUUGUGUUAACAAGGCAAAGUAGGAACAGUCUCGUUUGGUAUCUUUUUGAUAUUCAAUAUAUUUAAAAAAAUAAAAAUUAUAAUACACACGUAUGCAAAAAUGGCUUUGUGUUAUUCAAGAUUAUUAUGGCAAAGAAAUAUAAAAUUUUUAGGACAUAAAAACUUCUUAAAUUUAUGUGCUCCAAGAAUUUCUUCAACUCUACUACGAGGAGUUACAACACCAGUAUGUGAAACUCAUGCAGAAAAAAAUGAAAGAUUAAAACGGCCAAUGUCACCACAUUUGACCAUUUAUAAACCUCAGUUAACUAGUGUGCUUUCUAUUACCCAUCGAGGUACUGGAAUGGCUUUAGCAUUUUAUGCCAUUGGAGCUGGAUUAACUGAACUUUUUGUUCCGGGAGGAGUAAAUCUUUUUAUUGAUUCAUUUCAUGCACUUUGCUUGCCCGUACCCAUAGUAUUUUUAACAAAAUUUGCUAUCGCAUGGCCAGCGAUGUAUCAUUUUUUUAAUGGAAUUAGACAUUUGGCUUGGGACAUAGGUAUAUUUUUAUCUAUGAACCAUGUAUAUAAAACAGGAUGGACGAUGUUAGGAACUUCAGUUGUCACAGCACUAAUAAUAUCAGCAAUAUUUUAAAUGAUUCAUUAUCAUUAUAAAUUAGAUAAUACUAUCAUUAAUUAAAUUUAUUUAUAGAAAAUAGAAAUUACUCAAGAUUGUUAUGAAUAUGGAAAUACAAAUAAAUAGCACAAUUAA